AUGUCAACUCCACGGGAUUCUUUUUUUAUGGACCAAUGCAUGUAUCUUGCUGCUGUACAAAACUCUUCAGUCCAUUUUUGGUCCGUACGAUAUGAUAAGAAUGUGUUUGAAUCGUCAUUGUCAAAUCCAGGCAUCCGUAACUUGGAGAUCCCUGAUUCUCCUUCCUUGACUUACAAGCCUCAAAUGACAGUAACGUGUUCGCUACGGUCGAUUCAGUGGGAACCUCGGUCUUGUAAGCUAGCUGUUAUUGACAAUUCUGGUUCUACUAUUUUCUUUCGACGUCUGUAUACUGGCAAAAAUCAUGUAUAUGAUCAAAACGCAUCGGAUAUAACUACUUUCAGUUUGCUAUCACAUAGUUUCACAGCAACUUGCAUAGCUUUUCCGCAAAGAUCAGGAAAAUAUCUAGCUGUUGGGACUAGUGCUGGCCCAAUAAAUUUAUACAAAUGCCAAAAACAAAUUUCUUUUUAUUCGCAGUUACGCUUCAGUAAUAAUUCUGAAAGAUCAUCUUCCAAUGAAAUGCAGCCUAGGUGUGUCAUCUGGAUUUUAAAGGACCGUGUUGUUGCUGCUGGAUAUAGUAAUGGAUCUAUUGUCUUAUUUUUAGCUGCGUCUGGUACGUCUACAGGUGAAUGUGAGAAUUUCAUAUUACCAUUUCCUUCAUAUCCCGAAAACAACAAUCCUUCUACACCUGCAUGUAAUAUUUUUAGAACUUGCAGAGGAAACAAUGAUUCGUUAUAUUGUGGUUAUUCUGAUGGAUCUAUUAUUAUAUGGUAUUUAGACUGGCCUAUUGUUAGGCCUACAGAGAAGUUAAUUUUUUGUCGCUGGGAUCCUAAAUCUUUUCUAUCCACUACGAUAAACACGAAUAACUGUGAAUAUUGCAUGGAUAUGGCUUUGUCAAUUGGUGGACGAUUUUUUACUGCAGGAGCACCGGAUAUGAAUUUACGUAUGUGGGAAGCGUCUCGACUUAAAUUAUUACCAAUAAAAACGUUGUCACCGAUUGAUGAACAACAUGGAUAUUUAAGUGUUGCUGUCUCUUUGGACACAAACAUUCUUGCAACUGGCUUAGCAAAUGGUAAUAUUUGGUUUUAUAAUAUACCUGAUUUUACUUCACCUAUCCGUUGUGUUUCCUCAGGAUUGAAUAUUCCAAUAAGCUUGCUUUCGUUCUCUUUUGUUUAUCGGACUAGUGACGAAGUUAAGUUUAACUCCCCAAAAUCCAAUUGGCUUGAAAGUUUACAGGACGAGAACCUUGAUGCGAAAUUGUAUGGAAAUUCAACUUCAGUACAGAGUAUUGUUACAGACACAUUACUGAGUUCAUCAAAACAACCACUUCAUGAAGUAACUAAUAUUAUACCUAAAUAUCAACCUGAUACAUGGGUAUCAUUAUUUCGUGAGUUUUCUGUACCAGACAUUUCAUUACAUUCAAAUUCCAGUAUGUUUCCAUCAUCUGAUCAAGGUUCUAUAAAAUCUAAUUUGUCAGAAGUGAAUAUCAAUAAUGUAGAGAAAACUGUAUCAUUAAGACCACAAUCUAAUAUAGAUGUUAAUGUUGUAAAUAUUAAUCAACAAUUAAAAUCCGAUUGUCAUCAUCUUAAAGAUUCUGUAAAUCUCAAUUCAAUUCAUAUAACAAAUGAAUGGUUAGAACAAUAUUUCAAUGUUAAACUUCAAUCUAUGAUGUCUCAAUUGAAUUGGUCACAUAAUGAAUUAUUAUUUAAAUUUACUAAAUUAGAAUGUAAACUUGAUCAAAUGUGUAAAGAGUUUCAUAAUGUUAUUAAUCAAAUGAAACAUGAAAAUAAUUCACUACGACAUACACUAAAUCAACAUACACAAUAUUAA